AUGGAUAUUGGAAGAAGGAAUACUUGGAAUUACAGUUUCAGAUGUCUUGAUCUUAAGGAAUUGAGAAAGCUAGCAUCUUUUGCAGAUGAUUCUAAGGAUUUCAGAGACCGUUUUGGAAGACUUUUGUCUAUUCUAUAUACUAAUGUUGAAGAUAGUCUUCUUUGUACUCUGGUUCAGUUCUACAAUCCCGUCUACCGGUGCUUCAUUUUCCCGAAUUAUCAGUUGUUGCCUACCAUAGAGGAGUAUGCUUAUCUUUUGAGUAUACCAGUUUCUUAUAGGGUUCUCUUUUGUGGUUUGGAAGGAAUUAUGGAGUCUCAAGUUAUUGCUAGAGUUAUUCAUCUGAAGAAAUCUGACGUAGUUGCUAAUCUCACUAUCAAAGGAGGUAUUAGAGGCUUGACUUCAAAGUUUAUGAUUGAGAAAGCCUUUUAUUUUGCUAAUGUUGGUAGCAUGGUGGCCUUUGAAACUAUUAUUGCCUUACUCAUCAAUGGUUUGGUCUUAUUUCCCAACAUUGACAAUCUUGUUGAUGUUAAUGCUAUUAGGAUCUUUUUGGUCGGGAAUCUUGUUCGAACUUUGCUUGGUGACACCUAUUUCUCCAUUCAUCAUAGGACUUCUAAGGGAAAUGGAACUAUUGUCUAUUGUGUGCCUUUGUUUUACAAGUGGUUUAUUUCACAUUUGUCGCAGUCUCAUAUCUUAAAAAAAACAAGGGUUGCUUAA